AUGGCCUCCAAACCGCAGGAGAGCAUCAUCAUUGGGCCUAAGCCCACCAAAGCAUGCGUCAACUGUCGCCGUCAGAAGAUGAAAUGCCAGCUCGAACCAGGCUCAAGUACUGAGACCUGCAAGGCCGCCAUCAUCAGAGAACCCGUUGACGUGAGGUCGGAGCAAAAUAAAAGACCCACCAGCGCAGAUCCCGGCUCGGUGCUCGGACGCCUUGAAGUCAUCGAGGCUCUUCUCGGCAUCCGCCCAUCUUCUAAAAUAGCCCACCCUUCACCGGGUAGCCAAACAGACGCCGGCCCGUCAGGCAUCCUUUCUCUUGAGGAUGACGAAGAUCCAGAGUUUAGCGGACUUAAACCGGCCGUUGCUCAGUUGAGGUGCUUGGCUAGGCAGCCCCAGAAUGACACAAUUUGGGCGCCUUCUGUCAUGAAGCAGCUAUGGACGUCAUUCCAUGACAAUGUCCCGGGACUCCACUUCCUGUCCAAGAAGCAGACGUUCUCAUCACCUACGCCGCUUCUUCUUGCAUCCGUGCUCUACGUGUCUGCCCUCCAUCACCCCAUCUCAGAUAUUGCUUCCUUGGCACCGCAUUACUUUGUCCUAACAUGUAGCGCUAUCGCCGACCUAUCUGUGCCAUCUCCCCGCCAGAAUGAACCAUUCAAAGACGAAAACCUCACUGAUGAGCAACGAGGGUUCCAGGAUGUUCUCGGCUUGAUCCUCGCCGGACUGGUGUCGGAAGCUUACAUCAAAGAGACUGGCAUCUGGAUUUCGAUUGGCUAUAGAAUCCUUCUCGACUAUUGUCCGAUGAAUAUUGACGAAAGAUCACGAGAAUGGUGUGGCCUCUUCCGAGGGCUUCAGAUUAUCGACCUCGAACACGCUUCGCUGUACAUGUCUUGCCCGAUCCUGCCGCGGAAGGCACCUUUGGCCUCGCUGCUGCAGCUCCAGACCUCUGGCGGCGACCCAUACGACCAUCUUACGCAGAUGAUGCACAUUGGUUUGUCUCAUUUCACUGGCCGUGGGAUCCCAACGAUAUGGUCUUUCAUUUUCUCGAACGAGGCCGAUCGCUCGUCGCAAGGAGCCACGCCAUUUACAGAAAAUGAUCUUGGCGUCAUAAAACACUGGGCUCGGCAACUCGAUGACUGGCUUGUUAGGUACAGCGGAGUUUCGCCAACCGCUGAGCGACAAGAACUUCUGCUUUCCGCCCGUGCUGCACUCAGACUGCACAACGACGAUCAUGGAAUCUGGAGCAACUGGGAUCUGGUGAUGAUCACCUGGGCUGCUCUGCUGGUCCUCCAAGGAAUGGAGGAUGGAACAGACCUUCGCUUGAUCCAAUCGCACCUCUUGACCCUCAAAAAUACGAGCCAACCUCCGCCUAGCCUUCGACAUCAACUAGCCUCUCGCCUCGAAACAGAUCUCCAGCGCCUCCGAACCCCUCCGACCAGUCCAUCAAGCAACCCGAACGCAAACAACAUCGCAUCUGCAGAAAAUCCCGAAGAAACAAACCCGUGGGCUCUCUUCAACCAGGACAGCAUCCGCCUUGACUCACCUUCAUGGCAAUUUGCACCGAAGCAACAAUAUUUCAACGGGCCCAUGUCCGUGGACAGCCAGCAGCAGAUGCCCGUCGAUCCCAUGAGCGUACAAGGAACUUCAUCAGUCAUCCCCCCAGCAGGAGGACCCAAUGGACCGACCGGACCUGAGCAGUGGCCGCCGGCGCUCAUGCGCCUAUUCGGCAACGGCGACUUCGACAUCGAUCCGGAGAGCGGCGAACCGGUCAAUGAUGUCUUGUAA